GUAAAUCUCGGUGGUUCGGAGAAUCCGUUGGUUUAAGGUUCCAGGGCCGUAAUCCUGAGCAUUAAUAACCGUAUUUUCCCCGGUUAGAUUGUCAUGUGUAAGUCAAUAUAUGUGUGCGGAUUGAACCCAACGACGCUGGUAUUGUUUUUUAUCUAACGCUUAAUUACAAAUUGGAGACGGACUGAUAGAUGUCAAAAACUCCGAUAUUGUAUCCUGCACAUGCCACCCCACGUUUUCCGCCGUAUCGUAGGCUCUCGGUGCGGCUAUUUGCAGGAACACGUUUUACCAAUUUCAAGGUUAGUGAUAAUGCAAUUCCCAAGGGCCCCGCUGAGGGUUAUAGGUUAAAAUUUGUUGCAACAGGAGUUACGUAUAUGCCUAUAACGUUUCCGAGGCGUUUUAUACUCCUCGGUAAGUGGCAGGGAUUUGAGAAACCUCGUUGUAAAGGCUACCUUUCGCAUGAGUUAAGGAAAAGAGCACAGGCCCUGCCAGUUUAUCACAUUGGUGGUCUUACAUGUGAUGGGCUAUUUUCCAUCAUAACAGCAGAUCGCAAUGUCCCUGGCUUUGGAUUUCGACCGUUUUGUCCUAGUUUGGUAAGUUUUGGAUAAUCCUGCGCCAUGCAAGCGCCAGGGGGUCUCAAUGGAGAUCGAGACAUGUUCUUGUGAUAGAUCAGCAAAAAAUACCAGUUUCGAGGUAGUCGUCAAUAGCACAAAUAAGCAUGCAAGUCAGAACUCAUCAGUGGAAUACUUUCCGGUAAAAUAACCUAUAAAACACAGUACAAGUAGUUGGUUCAACUAGA